AUGGUGCGCCACGUGCAUAUGGGUGACCUCCAACCGUCACUCUACGUGAAGGACUUCUUCAUGGCGUACGAAUCCGUUCAAGUGCUUACAAAAGAAAAUUCUAACAAGGGUCAAUUUUUAGAUCAAUACAACGAUCCAAGUGUGGAACCCCCGGAAAAAUGGCGCGAUCAAAUCAUAAAUAGAAAACGACUUCCUGAUCUAGACCUCGCAGCCGUGUCAGUGAAAAGAACCAGACUCAAUGCUGCUGUCUGCAAACAAGCCAAAACACCUGAUGUAUCCACCAAACAAUCAGCCGCUAGUGCCAAAAAAGGGACUGCCGCGACUAAACAAUUGGCCCAUACGAAUCAAGCGGUACCCCGAUCCAAGCUGUCAACAUCCCAGAGCAAACUAGCAGCCGCUAACCCCAAACAGAAAACUGCCUCCGCUAAACAAACCGUCAAAGCUGCUCCCAACAAACAAACUGGUACCCAUGCCAAACUUGCCACUACUCCUGCGACACACGCAACUGCUCCUGCUCCACAAAUAGCUGCUUCUGCUAAACAAGCAAUUACUCCUGCUCCACAAACAGCUGCACCUGCUAUACAAACAACUGCCCCUGCUCCACAAGUAGCUGCUCCUGCUAAACAAGCAACUGCCCCUGCUCCACAAACAGCUGCUCCUGCUAAACAAGCAACUGCCCCUGCUCCACAAACAGCUGCUCCUGCUAAACAAGCAACUGCCCCUGCUCCACAAGUAGCUGCUCCUGCUCCGCAAACAGCUGCUCUUGCCCCACAACCUGCUGUAGCUGCUCCACAAACAACUGUUCCUACGUCACAGCCAGCUGUAGCUGAUUUAAAAACAGUUGCCCCAGCUCCACAAUCAGUGGUGGCUGCUCCACAAACAACUGUUCCUGCCCCACAGUCAGCUGUAGCUGAUUUAAGAACAGCUGCUUCUGCUCCACAAACAACUGUUCCUUCCCCACAGUCAGCUGUAGCUGAUUUAAAAACAGCUGCUUCUGCUCCACAGCCAGCGGUGGCUGCUCCACAAACAACUGUUCCUGCCCCACUGUCAGCUGUAGCUGAUUUAAAAACAGCUGCUUCUGCUCCACAACCAGCGGUGGCUGCUCCACAAUCAACUGCUCUUGCCCUACAGUCAGCUGUAGCUGAUUUAAAAACAGCUACUUCUGCUCCACAACCAGCGGCGGUUGCCCCACAAACAACUGCUCCUGCCCCACAGUCAACUGCUCCUGCUCCACAACCAGCGGUAGAUGUUCAACCAGUUGCCGCAGUCGUCCCAGAAGCACCUUCGGCUGAGAUAAAGAAAAUUGUGCCGGUAGUAGAGAAGGUAUCAGGUGAGACCACCAAGAAGACUAAAAAAAGCAAAGCACCAGAGAAUGAAACUGCAGAGGCCACGAAGACCGUCUCAAGUGAUUCCGCCGAUGCGAAGAGGGCGAAAGCAGCUGAAAGAAAGUUAGCAAAGGAAAAGAAAGAAACCGCAAAGCAUGCUACCAUGGCGGACAGCCAAAUCGUAACAGAGACCAAUUCAGCCGAGAAAAAGAUGGCUGCAAAUGUCUCUGAGGCAGUGGAAACCACGCAUGUCACCGAAGCCAUGGCUCCCAAGGAACCCCUAGUGGUGGUGGAUCAGCUCUCUGCUUCCACUAGUGCCCCUGAAACCGCAACUGCCAAGCCAUAUAUCGCGAGGAAAAAGCCGGCUGCAAAGCCAGCUAGACACGUGCCUGAGCCUACUGAGUCAGAAAAAGCCGACCUGAUCAAACUCCGAGAGGAUCUUGAGAGGAAAAUGGCGGUGCAGAAUACCAUCGCACGAGCCACUGAGACAGCUCUCAAGGAAACUGUAGAAGCUAUUAAAGCAACCACUGAUGCUGACAGUGCCCCCGAGAAGUUAGAAGCUCCCUCAACCCCAACAAAGACGGCUGCGAGUGUAAAGCCUGCUAUGACUGCCCGGGCGGCCAGAGCCGAGCUCACGAAACAAAAGAAGGAGGCAGAAAGGGCGGAGAAGGAAGCUCUCAAGCUGAAAGAAAAGGAGGAAAAGGAAGCUAAGAAAUUGAAGGAAAAGGAGGAGAAGGCAGCACAAAAACUGAAAGAAAAGGAGCAGAAAGAAAAGGAAAAGGCAGAGGCUGCGGCGAAGGCCAGGCAAGAAAGAGAAGCCACUGCCGCUGCUAUGAAAAAGUCAAAAACCCCGCCCCCUCCCACUAUGAGGGCUACAAGGAACGCAACCUCGAAGACACCAGCGGUACCAAAAAUAGAGAAGGUGGCAGAGAAGCCCGAACCAAAGCUGAGCAUCACAGACGCAACCGAACCCAUGGUGGAGGGAUCGGAGAGUGACGAGGACGAUGUAGAGAGCAGUUCAGACGAGGAAGUGGAGAAUGUCACAGUCCGCGCUCAUAGCACGCGUGCGUCUUCCAGCAGUAGCUCGUCCAGUGACUCGUCGAGUGACUCGUCGUCUGAUUCGGAAAGCAGUGACGAGGACGACGACAAUGAUGACGAAGUGGCCUCCCCAGUGCCAAGCAGCGACAAAGCAAAGAGCGUCAAGAACAAUGCAGCCCAAAGUACGACAUCAAAGGUAGAGAAAUCAACGGAGACUGAUGAUGUGCAGAAACCUGAUAAGUCGGCAACACAAAAGUUAUCUGAGACGGUUGUAAACGAGAGUGAUGAUAUGAAUGUGGACGAAGAGCCCGUACAGCCCAAACCGGUCAAAACGAUACAGUUCGUUGCCGCUCAGGUAUCCAAAGAUGAUGACAGUAGUAGUAGUAGUAGCAGCGACGACAGUGACUCUGACUCUGGAGAAGAUCUGGCUGCACAGCUCAAAAUGUUGGCCAAGAAAACCGCGCCUAAGACUAAGAAGGUUAUUGUACCCAAAAAGGUGGUAAAGCCACGGGCACCAACUCGAAGUACCGCUGUUAAAAGGAAGGCGGCCGCGACUCCCAACAAAAGAGCACUGUCCAUGAAACGCAAAGUUACCAAAGUACCUACUGAUCUUCUGAGGUAGAAGGUUGAUGGCAGGGAACACUAUUCUACUCGUGAUACGAAAACUCAACAUCUGUAGCGCUAGCGUGGCUAGCCGUGGUAAAUUCAUUGGAGUAUGUUCUUAUGAUGAAAUUAUUCGAUACAUACUUCGAAAAAAACGACACUUGCUCCAACAAGAUGUCACUUGCAAUUAUUCCCGCGAAUAACUGUAAGCAGAGGCGGUGGUGAAAUCAUCGAUAUAUACCUUUUAAAAUUAAACGACACAUUCUUAAACAAUAUAGUAAAUUCAGGU